UUGGAAAACGGUCCUACACCGUCCCCGAUCCGGAGCAGCCUUCCUGAGGGAGGGGAUUUUGGGCAGACCAUAGAGUUUGGGGCACCUGCUUGAUUUUUCCCGAGGGAUUAAGGUUUUCUUGAUCUCGGGGCCUAUUGGAGAUGCCUCUAUUAUCGAUUUGGUGGUUUUUUUCCAGCGCAAUUACUCCCAAAAAAAAAAUAUAUAAAUGGAUUACACAACAAAUAUAGAAUCAAAGUUGUGCCCCUGCUUCGAAAAGACCCAGUAUGAUGGGACUUGUAUUGGUCGAAAAGCAAUGAUGGAUGUACGAAAAGAUACAUUUUGGCAGUUACUGAAUUGUUGUCUAAAUGUUUUCGUAUUAGUGCCAAAAGGUUAGGGAUUUUUGGGAUUUUAGAAGACAACGUAAUAGCAUGAGGACUACCAGUGAGAACUAACAUAGUAAGAAAAUGAAGCUAUUUGAAUUGCCAUCACAAUUAAUAGGAUAACUUUAAUGAAAAAAAAUUAAAACUGACCGUUGACUGAAAUGAAAUGUCCUAUCUUGUCAAUUAUAAUUGAAAGCUGUCCAACCUAAACGAAUAAGCUUAUUCCUGCUAUCAAAUAAAUCACUAUGUAUAAUUUGGAGAAAAGAAAGUUUAUGCAAAAAGUUGGUGAAACUCCUGAUAAUGUAGGUCCUAGCACGUACUUCUUUGAUUCCUACAAAACAUUUAAACAAAAUUUGGCGCCUUUUUUAAGUGAUACAGAAAGAAGUAAACAAAAAAAAAGUGAUUUAUGCGACUCUUAUUAUAAUAUUGUUGUACCCCGACACAUAAAGGGUGGAAGUUCGCUUAGAAAUAGGGCUAAAAGAGGAGAGAAUUUCUUCGAUUUGGGUCCAGGACCAAGCGAUUAUGAUCCCAAGUUACUCAAACGACAACCAGCUCCAGAUCCACGACCUCCAUGUCGCGGAAGAUUAUAUUUAUGUACUCCUCCUAAAGCAGAAUUAACUGUUCCAUCAAUUCCAACAAAAAUUGACGAAAAUGGAUAUUAUAUCGAUGAUAACGGAGUGGUAGUAAAAAAUCCCCCUGAUGAACAUGAUACAACUUUAGGGCCGGCAUAUUAUGAUGUUAAAAAAAGUGAGUUUUUUGGGGAAUAUUAUAGAGGAUGCGCUUGGUCUAGAAGAUAUUCAAGACGCGAUACUGUUUUUGAUAACGGUCUUCCUGGACCUGGGUCAUACAACAUCCCUUACAAAAUAGGUGUAUUUAACGAAAGAGACGAACGCGUGCGAGAGAUGGCGCGCUUAUUCAGCUACGUUCCGCGUUAUCUAGACGCUAUCGAAAUGAGAGUGAUUAAAGAGGGACAACCAGGUCCGGGAUCGUAUAACGUGGAUAUUUCAUGCAUUAAUCAGAAAAAAAGUAUGAGUAUUAUCCCUCAACCUUUUGUGUCAGGAUCGAAACGUUGGAAAGAUAUUGUAUCUGAUACCCCCGCACCAGGAACUUACGAUAUUGGAAGCAUGAAGAAAAGGGUUCGUUCUAGUAAAACCCCAUUUGGAGUUGAUGCGCCAAGAUUUGUUGAAAAAGUCACUCAAUCUCCAUGUGCUGCUGAUUACAACAUAACUCAAGGAACCAUUCAAGAUAAAAUUGCAAAAAAACGACAAUACUUUGGAAUUGUUCAGGUUCCAUUCAAUAAUAGUGCAGAAAGAAAAAUGGGAUUCGCUUCCCAUGAUAGUUAUGAUAUGCCAAGUGCUGCUGAUUACGACGUACAACCACACCCUAAAUUUCCAGAAGAAGCCUCUGGUUGUAAUUUUAGAUCUACAUCUCGCAGGUUUAAACAAUUAGAGAGUUCGUAUGAUGCAGGACCAGCUUCCUACAACAUUACAAAUUCGUACAACAAGAUUCACAAGAAAUCAUCGUAUAACGUUAAAAACGUCCCAUUUUUAACGACUGGCGAGAAAUGUCCCGGCGUAAAAUCCGUUAGUAAAUUAGGGCCUGCGGACUAUAACAAACAAGGCGAUAUGUACGGACACGGAAAGUCUUUCGGUACUGCUAUGCGGUUUCGUGAAAAAUUCGAAGAUUUACCCGGACCUGGAGCGUACACGGUUUCUCCCGUUUAUGGCUCUGCAAUUUACAAAGGUAUCGGUACUCAUAAUCUUCAUUUGAGAGAGAGCGUCUUAAGAAAAAGAUUGCGUUUACCUCCUUGUAAAACAUUUGAAGCUUGGUGCAAAGAAAUCAAGAAACGACGAAAGCUGCAAUGCUACAAAAAGGAAAAAGAUGAUAUAGAUUACGUUGGAUUAUUAUUUUCCGAUGUUUAAUCUGAAAAAUAAUUAAAAAUAAAUUCACGUGGAUAAUUCAUA